AUGGACGCUCGACAGCGCCUGGUCCCCCUCGGGGUGAUGGGCGAGCUCGUGGUCACGGGUGAUGGCUUGGCCCGCGGCUAUACUGACCCGACACUCAAUCGAGACCGCUUUAUCGAAGUGACCGUGGACGGAGAGACACUGAAGGCCUAUCGUACGGGCGAUCGGGUCCGCUACCGACCGACCGAUGGCCAGCUUGAGUUCUUCGGGCGACUGGACCACCAGAUCAAGCUGCGUGGUAACAGAAUCGAGCUUGGUGAGGUCGAGCACGCCAUCUGCCGCAACAGCGCCGUUGACGACGCUAUCGCGCUGGUACACACUGCCGAAGGUCAAGACCCCGAGCUUGUCAGCUUUGUCACAAUCCGCGCCAGUGAAACACAACAUGACGCGAACUCGGUCGCCGAUCUGAUUGGACGGGAUAUCGAAGAUCAACUCCGCGCGGCGCUGCCGGCUUAUAUGGUUCCGACGAGGUUCCAGAUCCUGGACCGAAUGCCUCUAAACGUGAAUGGCAAGGUCGACCGGCGCGCACUCGCGACGAGGGCGCUGGGAGACGUGGCCGGCCUGGGCCCGCGAGAGGUAGUGGCCGCGCGCAACGACGUGGAGCGCGCCCUGUGCGAAGAGUUCGGGCAUGUGCUCGGGCUAGAGGUCGGCAUACGGGACAAUUUCUUCGCCCUUGGCGGCCAUUCGCUCAUGGCCACUCGCGUAGUGUCGCGCAUCAAUCGGCGACUCCACGUCACGAUCACGGUAAGGGACGUCUUUGACGCCCCACGUGUGGCCGACCUGGCCGAGCGGGUGGCGCACGCCCUGGGUGACACCACCUACGUGCCUAUUGUGCGCAAUCUACUCCAUGGACCCGUCGUGCAAUCUUUUGCGCAGGGUCGCCUCUGGUUCCUCGAUCGCCUCUACCCGGACUCGACCUGGUAUUUGAUGCCAUUCGCGACCCGGCUUCGCGGCCCCCUGCAGCUUUCAGCCCUUAACAAGGCGCUGCAGGCACUUGAAGAGCGCCAUGAGCCAUUACGCACCGUGUUCGGCCAGCGCGAGGGAACCGACGUACAGCUUGUCCGACCCUUUGUCGCCCGGCCCCUGCGCACUAUCAACGUUUCCGACGGCAACUGGACUACCCUGAUGCGAGCCUUGCGAGAAGAGCAAACCACAUCGUUUGAUCUGGAGAACGAGCCCGGAUGGCGCGUCGCCGUCUUCAGCCUGGGGCCGGAUGAUCACGUGCUAUCUAUGGUAAUGCACCACAUCAUCUCUGACGGAUGGUCUGUCGAUAUCCUACAGCGGGAGCUGGCUAGCUUCUACGCCGCUGCAGUACGGGGUGAGGAUCCACUGUUGCAAGUGAGCCGGCUGCCCAUCCAGUACCAGGAUUUCUCUGUCUGGCAAAGAGAGGCAACUCAAGCUAAGGAGCAGGAGCGUCAGCUGGCGUAUUGGAAGCAACAGUUGGAUGGUAGCCAGCCGGCAGAGCUGCUCAGUGAUAAAGCUCGGCCAACCGUGCUGACUGGAAGGGCGCGCAAGCACGAGGUCAUGAUCGAGGGUUCAUUAUACAAUAACCUUCACGCCUUCUGCAAGACUCACCAAGCCACGCCCUUUGCUGUGCUCCUCGCGGCAUUUCGGGCGACUCACUAUCGGCUCACAGGAGUCGAAGACGCCACGAUCGGCACACCGAUCGCCAACCGAAACCGACAGGAGCUCGAGGACCUGGUCGGAUUCUUUGUCAACAUGCAAUGUAUCCGAAUCCGCGUGGACGACGAGUCAUUCGAGUCGCUCGUCGCCCAAGUACUUGCAAGGACUGCGGCCGCGGCUGCACAUCAGGAUGUACCGUUUGAGAGGCUCGUUGCAGACCUCCGCCCGGGGGCGCGUGAUCUAUCGCGUAAUCCCCUGGUGCAGAACGUGUUUGCGGUCCACUCCCAGAAAGAUAUUGGCUAUCUUCGCCUCGAAGGCAUGCAGGCAGAGCCAGUGGGAGACACGAGCUCCACCCGCUUCGACAUCGAGUUCCAUUUCUUUACCGAAGACGGGCGCCUGCGCGGUACGAUCCUGUACGCCGAGGAUCUGUUCGAAGAGGCGUCAGUCCGCAGCAUGGCAAGCGUGUUCCUGGAACUACUCGAGCAGGGACUUCAGGAUCCCUCGAUUGAAAUUGUUACUGCACCGCUGACGCAUGGGCUUUCGGCCCUGCGAGAGCUCGGUCUGACAAGCAUUGAGCGCACCGACUACCCGCGAGACUCAAGCGUGCCCGAGCUCUUCCGCCAGCAGGUGUCAGCGUCCCCGGACGCGAUCGCGGUGAAGGACUCAAUCACGCAGCUCACAUACGCCGAGCUGGAUGAGACCUCCGAUCGCGUGGCUUAUUGGCUCAUGCAGCGCGGCUUGGCGGGGGAGAGUAUGGUGGCGGUUUUGGCGCCGCGCUCGUGCGAGACCAUCAUUGCUCUUCUCAGCAUCCUGAAGGCCAACCUAGCAUAUCUACCUCUGAGACGUAAACGUCCCGCCGGCCCGCUUCGAGAGUAUUCUGAAGGCGGUGCCCGGGGAGAAGCUGGUCCUGAUCGGCGACGGGGUCAAGCAGCCGGCCACUCAGCUCGGGGAUAUCGUAUUUGUAUCCAUCUCGGAGGCGCUGGAACGCGCACCCAAAGCCUGGAAAACCAUAGCGCCGCUGCUGCCAUCCCCCGGGGCCACGAGCCUCGCAUAUGUCAUGUUUACCUCCGGCUCGACGGGCCGACCCAAGGGGGUGAUGGUCGAGCAUCGCAGCAUUGUUCGCCUGGUGAAAAAUUCAAACCUGAUGUCCCCCGCUCAUACCGCUGCAAAUAUGGCUCAUUUAUCUAA